AAGAGCCGAAUUGCGUCAAAAGAAGUCAAAGUUGGGUUGAUUUGUGGCUCCGUGUAAUUUUUGCUCUUUAUGCAGCGAGCGAGAUAUACAAAAAGGGUAAAAAAUACCCAUCCAUUGACAGAAACCAAUUUUACCCGUUAAAGAGUAAACCGUGUUUACUAAUUAAAUGUGGAGAAGCACUUCUAGCGGACAUGGGUGAAUUUUUACCCAUUAAAGGGUAUCCGCAAGCUACCGUGUGUAGUAGGGCACCAGAUUACUAAUUCUUUGGAAUAAUGUACUAUCGUAGUAACACUAAUGCCUGGUAGAAAACUAUUAGAGUGUCAGAGCUAAACCACAUUCAGCACGCAGCCUGUACUAUGUGUUGCGGAAAUUUAGGCGUCCACUAAUAUGUUGCAGCGUGCGUUGCAUACCCAUCAGGCACACUCCACGUUGGAAUGCCUUGGCGACGGUUGCUUAGCAGGAAUGGUAACGACCACAUGUUUGUGUCCCUACGUUUUGAAUUAAUUUCCAAAAGUUCGAAUCUGGGUGAAAUAAUCCUUACAAACGAAAAAUGAGUCACGUGACGCAGAUGAGCCAUUUAAAGUCCACAUCCGGUUUCGACGAUGGCAAAUCGGAUAAAUCCGAUCGGUCGGAGGAAAACUUCGACUUUGACUCGUCGGAAGAUGAGGAAAUUACGAUGAUUUUCGGCUUCAAGGAGGAUGAGGCGCGCCAAAGGUUGAUCAAUUUUCCGAAAUCCACCCGGAUGGUAAUCAGUCCGGAUCUUCAGGCGGAAAUCGGCAUGGAAAUCGGUCAGACGAUCAGUGCCGAGCAUCCCUGGAAGCAAAUCAAGAAGGAAGUCCUGGAGGAUCAUAUUCCAGGGAAGGACGAAACGCAGCAGCAGUUGAAGGAAAAGCUGAAAGACUUGGACCCCGGAAAGCUGAUACUGGUCGGAUAUUCGCCGGAACUUUCGACGGAGGAUGACGUUUUCAUCGUGUUUGUCGACGACCGGGAAACGAAGGAGGCUAGCGAACUGAUCAAACGAAUCGAGUUGCUGGAACGUCAUAAAGCACGUGGCAUUAUUAAAAAGCGCGCCCGCAAAUGGAAAGACCAAGGAAGCCAUCAGAAGGUGCAAUGCUUCAUUCCCGUCAAACGCUUGAAUGUGGUCAAUUUGGAAACGCAAAGUAUUUUCCCAGUCAAACGAUGCAGUUAUAUUUUCAGUCACCGUAUGGUAGACGACAUCAGAGAUGGUUACGUAGAGCUUGUUCCCGGUAAAGUUAAGUUCGGUAACAUCCAAAGAAAAUUGGUAGAUUUCGCCAUUCAAACUGGUCCACCGAAAGUUCAUCGGUACCAGCAAACAGAUCCCACAUUUCCGACGAAUGCAUGGUCUCAAUAUUUGUACGAAAUUACUCAGGAAGAAACUGAGGCAGCCAACAAAUCUGCCAUAGCUGGGGACAAUGAUCAAACCCCUAAGCCAAAUAGUUACGCUCAGGAGCUACUGAACACACUGGAGUUCAAUCAGGUGGAUAUGUACAAAAACGAUUAUCCCUACAUUUCAAAGCGAAAGGUUCACAAAUAUCAAACUCCAGUUGUCGAAGAAUGUCUUAGCUUCGUGGAUAGAUCAAAAUGUGAAAAUCGUUAUGUUUCAGCCAUGGAUUGGCAUCCAAAGUACUCGGGAAUAUUCGUUGCAGCCUACAAUUUCAACACGCUAUGCACGGUGGUGGAUGUCGAUGAUAGAGAAGCGAGUUCAAUCGAUCCCGUGAACCGCAUUGUCUUUGACAAAUGUCCGGUCCUAAUGUGGAGUUUUGACGAGACCUUAACCCAGAAACUAGAACUGAGAUCAAGUCGAGAGGUGACCUCUCUGUCGUUCUGUCCAUAUGAUGGAAACUUACUUUUGGCUGGUUUGGCAUCAGGGCAAAUACUGAUUUGGGAUCUGAAAGGGGAAAUAGAACGAGUCGAAAAAGUCGAGAAUAUAUCUCCAAAGCAGCAAAUGUAUCGUCAAGAAAUUAGAAAACUUAUGGGUUGGUCGAAAGUAGAUGAGGUUGAUCAAACAGUUGAGCCUGUUGCUAUCAGCGCUAUGGAUAAAUCGCCGAGGAAACCAAUCACGGUCAUCAAAUGGUUACCACGUAACUACUAUUGUGCCACAACUGGCCAAAUUCGUGAGCAUGCCGAUAAGCUACAUCGUUUUAUAUUGACCACAUCCAUUGAUGGCUCUGUUUGUUUUUGGGAUUUAGAUUUUACGGUCCCUGCAUUAAAGAAAGCACCACCAACUUCGAAAACGGUUGCAGAUGGCGAAGCAUCUCCGUAUCAGUCGUUGGACAAUGUGUUUUAUCCCAUAUUUAGGAUCAAGUGUGACACACCGAUCACAUCCAUAUCCAUAGAUGAAGCCCUGUACGAAUUCAGGCCAAUUGAUAGCGAUUCUAGAAGAGCCGACAUUACUACUAGAAUCGAACAUCAGGCUCAUCCGGUAUCCAUGGAAUAUCGCAUGAAAAUGGUGAUUGGAAGUCUUUUGGGAGAUAUCAUUUAUGGGCACUGGGAAGGACAUGACUUCGAUCAAGGUGCAGCGACCAAUGAGGAAUCUUUGAAGCAGAAGGAGAAAUUCGCAGCUAUUCAUGAUGGACCGGUGCUAGUGGUGGAACGAAACCCAUUCUGCUCCGAUAUAUUUCUAACCAUCGGGGGAAAUAUAUUGGCUUUGUGGAGUGAAGAAUGUCUCACAUCACCGAUAUUUUGGAGGAGACGUAAUACACGAUUAACUACUGGCCGAUGGAGCUUGGAUCGAGCAUGUGUGUUUUUCAUUGCCAACGCCAACGGAGAUCUAGAAGUUUGGGAUACGAAUGUAAGAAUUGAUACUCCUUGUUUGAUUGUGAGCCUGGGCGGAAAUAUCUUAACGUAUCUUUCGCAACACAAGCUAUCAGCAGCCAAGAAGUUGUUGGCCGUCGCAGAUUACAAUAGCAACAUUCGAAUCAUGACUAUUCCGAACAGCUUUUCCGAACCUAUUCCAUUUGAAAUAGAGAAAUUCAAAAGUUUCAUCCAGUAUGAGCUAACCCGUAAACAGUCACAAGAAGAAUGGAUACAAUCGUACUAUGAAGCGCAUAAGGAAACUAUCGAGGCUCAUGUCAAGGCAAAGCGUGAAGCCAAAGAACUUGCUGAGCGUAUGGAAGUUGAACAGAAGGAGCACAAUGAGUAUAUGAAGCGGCAAGCGGUCGAAGAAGCCAAGAAGAAAGCCAUGAGGGACGCCGAGAAGCGAGUUGAUCUGGCAAAGCGGCUGGAUGUAAAAUGGAGACAGAAAAGCUACAAAAGGUUACUGCAUAGCAUGAUGGAGAGAAGGAACAUAAGUCCAGAUCAAUUGGCCAAACAGAUGAAACCGGAAAAGGAAAGGAGAAAGUAUAAUGAAGAGAAGCGCACAGCGAUAGCAGAGGAUUUAGCAAGAACUGAUGAGGAUUACAAGGAAGUUAAGGCUCAGUUGAUUCCGGUAGAAAAGGUCGUUGUGACUCGAGCAGAACAGUUGAAAAGUCGAAUGGGCAAGUUCAAGGAAGAAAUGUUGGACUAUCAACGCGUCGAAGAGGAAGCACGGGAGGUCCUUGAACAUUUCCAACUACCACCAGUUGCAAGCUUUUCUGAGGUUUUGAUCAAAGGCCGCCAGCGAAGAGAAGUGAUUAAUCGAGAAUUGGGAGCAAACAUCGAACACUUGGAGAGCUACGAACGGAAAAAGAUACAACGUCGUUUGGUUGCUAAUGAGGCCCGUGGUGACACAGAUAGCAAUGCCAGCGUGACAAGUCCAGACGCUUUACUCCGAGCACGGUCAGUCACCUUCAUCGACGAUAUUCCGGAGGAAAUACGCAGACAAAUGUCGCAAGAGCAAGAACUAGAAUCCGCUCGAAAAAACACACCGGUUAAUGACGAAUAGAAACGGUUCGCAACACGCAGAGCGAAUACCCAAUUGCCUGUCAUGUAUUGUAAUGUGUAAACUCUGCAAAAUGUGAUUGGUUGUCGGUCGUUUCUUUUCCUGAUGACCGACAAAACCAAAUUGGAAAUUCGGAACACGCUGCAAGUCCAGUUUUUUUUGUUAAUGCAAAGCAAACGAGUGGGUUGGAUUGAUUGAACCUUUUUCACCAUUCAUUUCGUGACACAUUUUCGCGUUACUUUUUGACUUUGAUGUUUAGUUAUAUAAAUAGGUAUCUACACUGCAGCAUAACACCUUGAAUGUAAUAAAAUAUGAAUAUCGUA